CCAGAUGACUCAGGGGACCCAAGUUAUGUUGCCACCUUCAAAAUGUCCUAAAGGGUUUUUAUUUAUCUGUUCUCUAUUUAUUGUGCUUAUAGAAGGGGUCCUUUCAAAGCGCUUGAGCGAGUUUUUGGAGCAUUUUUGUUUUGCUGUAACUCUCGUCACACUGCGUUUGAACACGACAACAUCUGCGUUAUAAAGUGUGCUGAUCCACAAGAGAGAAAAGGCUUCGUCAUGGACAAACCAAUAAGCAAGUUGUUGGUGAAGUUGAAGCUCACAGACGCAGGCAGCGUGAAAUUCAACAGUUCCAAGAAAAAGCAGGAGUCUGCCAACAACUCUAAUAACAGCAAUGCUAACGCCGGCACCUCGGCCACCGGUGGAGGGGGCGGCACGCUGCCGUCUGGUCCUAGCCCCCCGGCCGCCUCACCCUCGAGACCUGGCCAGUUCUCGCUCUCCUCCUCAACCACAAAUGAUCUGUGUGUUCCAGCAAGCGGGAGAGCAGGAGGAGGAGGGAUGGGAAUGGCUCCCUCUCAACUCCUCACCACUCCACCCACCACUUCCACAGUGGGCACCAUACCUCCAGAUGGCGAGCAGCAACUUCAUCCCUCCACCAUGGCACAACUGAGGCGCCCCUCCCCCAAGCAGAGAGCCUCCUGUUACCUAGGUGAAGGUGUGGAUUCCCACCUCAGGCGUGAGUCUGGCCUGGGCCCUGAGGGAGACUCUCUGGGAUCGUUUGGCUCCAAGGCAUCCCUCAAUCAACGUCGCUACUCCCUGGAGCUCCAGCAGCUGGUCAAACGGCAUCAUCUCCUCUCCCAGCCUCCUCCUCACUCAGUCCCUCCACUGUACCCUGCUGCCCCGGGAUAUGGAUCCACUCCGAGAGGUUGUGGAGGCGGUCAGGCAGAACCUGGAUACUUUUCCGAACCCGAGAGGCACAAGCGCUUCUCCCUUCAGGAGGCUUUGUUUUACAAACGCCUGAGCACGGGCAGCGACGUGUGGGAGAACCCCAGGCCUGCCUCCCUCUCUCAUCCACCGCAUCGCCCGUCUGAUAUACCAGGUGGGGGCAUGGGAGCAGGCUUGUUUUACCCCCCAGGGCCAACUUUAAGCCCGUGCUCUUCAUUCAGCCUCCAGGAAUCAGUUCUGGUCAGUCCAAGGUCCAGCUUUGCCUCCAGCACAGCCAGCGGUGGAGGAGGAGGGAGCCCCAUGGGGAGCUGCUGCAGCAGCAACAGGACCAGCGGGAUCAGCUUAGGUUACGACACUCGCUACGCCGCAUCUGGAGGCCUCGCUCCUCCUCCACAGCAAAUCAUGCAGGCUGGAGGAUCCGCGGCUGCUUAUGGAGCUCCGAGCAGGGCUGGGGUAACUUCUGUAGAGGCCUGGACUCAGUACCUGGAAGGAGGGAUGUGUCCAGGAACAAACGACAGCCGUCACUCCUACCCACCGGCCGUAGGGAGCCCAGCAGCAGCGUGCUACCAGGGAGGACCGGAGUGGUGGGAUGAUCAGCAAGCCGGAGGGAAAGCCAAAGAGGCAGGUGUGAUGGGGGAGAGGGCCCGGUACUCCGACCUGCCUGGUACCCGCUACCAGGAAGAGCUGACGCGACUUCUCCUGAGGGAUGCUGCUCGAGAAGGUGGGGGACUGCUGGAGGGCCUGAGGCUGAAGGAUCAGUCUUUAGCCCUGACCACUCUGUCUAAACCAGGUGCAGCAGCGACGGGGUCCUCCUCAGCUGGUGGUCCGGUCAAACCUCAAGAAGACCCAGGGCCUGCAGCUGGAAGAGAGACCGGGGAAAACCGCCAGGAGUUCUUUGGUACUUGUGUGAAGUGCGGGAAAGGCGUGUACGGGGCGGACAACGCCUGCCAAGCUCUGGACAACCUCUAUCACACACGCUGCUUCACCUGUGUGUCCUGUGGACGCACCCUGAGGAACAAGGACUUCUACAACGUCAGCGGCUCUGUGUACUGUAAAGAGGAUUACAUGUUUUCAGGAUUCCAGGCAGCUGCGGAGAAGUGCAGCGUGUGUGGUCACCUUAUUCUCGAACAGAUCCUGCAGGCUGUUGGGAACUCGUACCACCCCGGUUGUUUCCGCUGCGUGGUCUGCUCCAAGGCUCUGGACGGGGUGCCGUUCACCGUGGACCAGCACAGCAACAUAUACUGUGUCGCAGACUACAACAAGACUUUUGCACCGAAGUGUGCGGCCUGCUUACAACCCAUCCUACCUACCGAGGGCAGUGAGGAGAUCCUCAGGGUCGUGUCCAUGAACAAGGACUACCACUUUGAGUGCUACCACUGUGAGGAGUGUGGCAAGCAGCUCUCCGAUAAGCCCGGCUCGCAGUGCUUCCCCCUGGACGCUCAUCUCCUCUGCCACUCCUGUCACAUGAACAGAGUGUGCGCCACACAGAACAUUCCUGCACACAACACACACUGACCGGCCUCGACGCAGCCGUGGAGCUUAGAAACAAGCCUGUACGCUCUAAUGUCCUUCAUAAUCCUUCAUUUGUUUUUACAAGAUAAAACAACUGCUGAGACAUUUCAUCCACGUUGCAUUUUGUCACACAGCCUGCUGUACUCCUUGUACUAUUACUGUUGUACUAUUACUGUACUUUAGUUAAAAGGGAACGAAAGAGACUACUGCUUUAUUAAUCCUCAUGUGGCUACUGUUUGCUGUAGAAGAACAAGGGAUUGUGUGCGUGUGUAUAA